CACCUAUUUCCGCUAUAAAAAGUUAGUUGAGUUGUGAGGAGUAUCGUAGUGGUAUCUUGAUGUAGACUGGAUUAAUAGAUUUUCACAUGAGUCAAUAACAUGUAGACAGAAAGACGAAAAAGAACCAAUAUACUGUUAUUUUACAAAUGGUAUUGGUCUUGUAACCAAUUAAAAUGUUGCUUUCAUCUACAACAUGUUUCUUUUGGACUGUUUUGUCAAGUCUGCUGUGUGUUGCAGAAUUCCGAUCACAAUUUCCUAAAAACUAUAAUAAACAAUACUUUCAUCACUCAAGAUCUUUACGAAGUGAACGACCAAAUAUAAUUAUGAUACUAACUGAUGAUCAAGACUCACUAUUAGGAUCAAUGAAGGCCAUGCCAAAGACUAAUAAAAUAAUGCGUGAUCAGGGUGCAUUGUUUACGAACGCAUUCACUACAACGCCCAUGUGCUGUCCAUCGCGUAGUUCUAUAUUAACUGGACUCUAUACUCACAAUCAUAAUACUUACACCAACAAUGGAAACUGUUCCUCCGUAGAAUGGCAACAGGUCCAUGAGCCGAGGACGUUCGGUGUUCAUUUAAAAAAUCAUGGAUAUACUACUGCAUAUUUUGGAAAAUAUUUAAAUGAAUAUAAUGGAACCUAUGUGCCGCCUGGUUGGACAGAGUGGGUUGGAUUAAUACGUAAUUCACGUUUCUACAAUUAUUCAUUAAAUUUUAAUGGACAGAUAGUUCGACAUGGUGAUAACUACUAUAAAGAUUAUUUAACAGAUGUGAUAGCCAAUGACACAGUAACAUUUCUAAAACAAAGUCGACGAUAUAACCAGAGCAGUCCAGUAUUAAUGGUCAUUAGUGUACCAGCACCACAUGGACCAGAAGAUGCUGCACCGCAAUAUCAACAUAUGUUUGAGAAUAAUCGUGAUCAUAGGACACCAAGUUGGAAUGUGGCGCCAAAUCCUGAUAAACAGUGGUUAUUGAAUGUUACUGAUAGAAUGUUACCCAUACACCAGAAAUUUACCGACUUAUUACAACGAAGACGUCUGCAAACAUUACAGUCUGUAGAUGAUCUUGUAGAGAGGGUGCAUGCAGAAUUACAUACGUUAGGAGAACUGGAAAAUACCUACACUAUAUAUACAUCAGAUCAUGGCUAUCAUAUCGGACAAUAUGGUCUAGUCAAGGGUAAAGCUAUGCCAUAUGAAUUUGAUGUAAAAAUACCCCUUCUAGUUCGUGGCCCGAAUAUUAGACAUAAAACGGUUAUACCAAAUAUUGUGGCUAAUGUAGAUUUUGCUCCAACUAUAUUAGACAUGGCAGGAAUUAAAGUGCCUGAACACAUGGAUGGACGUUCAUUUUUACCUUUAUUACUGGCUGCUAAAGAAAGUAAUAAUGGUCGUAAAUUUAUAAAUUUAACAGAUCCAUGGAGAGAUACUAUAUUAUUAGAAAGAGGUAAAUUAACAAAGACAUUAUUAGAUAUUUAUAAUAAUGGUGGUGUAGGUGUUGUACAAGAUAUAUCUAAGUCUCCUAAACAGAUCCGAUUAGGUCGUGUUUGUGCUAGACGAGACAGACAGCAGCCAUGUAAACCAAAACAGAGGUGGUAUUGUGAAAAAAAUCACGAGAAAUGGUAUAAAAAAAGAUGUCGCUAUCAGUCAGAUCAACCAAAAUCAUGUCCCUGUUCAUCCAGUAAGAAGAAAUUGAAAAGAGAAAGAAAGAAACAGAGAGAAUUUCUACAUAAAUAUGCUACUAAAAGUUUUAUACCAAAGUUUAUACGGAAUAAAAGAUCAGCUAUAAACAGUCUGGAGUAUGGAACAUCAGGUUUAAACCUUAAACAAUCAAUAGCAGAGAGAGACACACCACUAGAUUUAUUUGAGCGCCGAUGUAGAAUAUUAACCAAUCAGACGAUCCAGUGUGAUGAUGAACUGUACGAAGAUGCUUCCGCAUGGAAUGAACAUAAAACAGAGAUUGAUGGGUUGAUUAAAGAACUCCGGAAAGCAUUAGAGGAUUUGAGGGUUAUAAGACGACAUCUGAAAUCUGAGAAACCUGAUCUGGAAGAUAUUAAUAAUUCAGAUACAUUUUACACAGAUGCAAUGAUAUUUCAAGGUUUUGGGAGCGAUGCCGAUUCCGAGGAAGAAGAAGAGGAAGAGGAGGCCUGUGAUUGUGAUGAAACAACUUUUCCAUUCAGACCGAAUCGUAAAUUUGAAAAUAAUCGACGGUUGAAUCGCUUCAACAGAAGACAGCGAAAGCACAAAAAGAAGUUCCAGAAGCGUAAACGUGGCAAGGAAUGCAACUCGGCUAGUAUGAAAUGCUUUACACACGAUAAUGAUCAUUGGAAGACUCCACCCAAAUGGACUUCUAAACCUAAAAAGCGUAGACGUAGACUCAAUCACCCAAGGUGCUUCAAGGAGGGGGAUAAACAAGGCAUGGAGUGUCAUUUCAUGGAUUCGAGUCAUUGGCGUACAGCUCCAUUUUGGAAACAUGGUCCGUUUUGUUUUUGCCCAAAUGCUAACAAUAAUACAUAUUGGUGUUUACGUACAGUCAACGAGACACAUGAUUUUUUGUUCUGUGAAUUUAUUACCCGUUUCCAGAGUUUUUAUGAUAUGAAAAAAGACCCAUAUCAGUUAAAGAAUCAGAUUCGUCUAUUAGAUGUUGGCAUUCGAGAACAGCUAGAAGAAGAUCUGGAAACGAUCAAAAGUUGUCGUGGUAAUGAUGAUUGUCACAUGCGAGCUGGAAUAACCUCAUUAGAAAGUAAACAAAAUAGUUUUCAACCAUCUGGAGAUGGAGCUUUAAAUCGUGAUGAAGAAGAUUAGUCAUGUGAUCAAAUUCUUUGAUUUCAUUGGUUGUUGAUAUAUAUAUCUAUACGGUUAUUUAUCUUAUAAAGUCAUAUAAACUAGAAUUUGUAUUGAUGUCCAUCUUCACAAUGUCAGAAUAUUAUGAUAUCUUGCUGACGCCUCACAGGAUUAGCCGAUUUUCACACCCCAGAUAUGAAAUUGUCCUUCUUUGUGCAUAUCACCGUAAACAAUACUAAUCAUUAAACGUACGCAACCCAAGGCUAUUUUGUGUUUCUGUCCUCUUUAUUCUAUGUUUUGUUUGUGUGAAAAUUAUUGAAAGUUUGCUAAUUUCGUAAAUUGGCUAAUACAUUCAUGUUUUCAGACUGUGUUAUAUACCUGUAGACUGUGAAGAUGAUCAAAUUCACAAGUCUAAUAGAUUUAAAGUACCUUGACAUCGUUAAGAUGAAAGAAAACCUUUCCUAUUAAACUUAAAAUUGAAAUUGUCUAGGCCAGUAGUUGUAAAUAUUUUUUUUAAAAUUUAAAUUCUCUGAUAUUUUUAAAAUGAUACAUUGGUGCUGUGAUGAUAUAAUUAUUGUUUCAUAAUCUACUUUGAAACAUAUCAUCCACAUUUUUACCAACAUCAGGGUUUAUAAGCUGGUGCUAAUUUUAGCAUUUACAUUGACAAAUAACUCACUAGGCCAACGCUGGGGUUUUAUGGGCAGGAUUAUUUGAUUGUUCAAAUUUUGUCAAUGGUUCACUGUAUAAAAUGUAUUAUUUUGGAGGUUUAAUUAUUGUACCAGGGCCAUUUACAAUACAUAAGACUUCAGGGGCGUGGGCAGAAAAAUGAGCAGUAUGGUGGGGGCUGUUCCGGCGUGGAUGACCGCAGAGCCUUGGGAGGGUUAUGGGGUUCUCCCCCUACAAAAUUUUGAAAGUUUGAUGUCGAUUUCCUUACAUAAGAGGCCAUUUGUGAACAAAUUUACUCUUUUAAAUGUGUAGGCUCUCUCCUAGACUCUCUCCUGUAUAGCCCCUGCCCCGCCCAACCUACACCCCACCUUGGACACGUGCCUGGACAUCUUUUGAGAAAAUACUGAUAGGGAGGUGAUCUUGCACUAUUGUCAAAAUUAAGAACCUCUCUUGAUAAACUUUCAGAGAGGUAUACCUGUGCAAUUAAUAAUACUAAAAUCCUCUUCCAAAAAGCAACUGAUAGAGAGAUCUUUGGAUGUUCAUCAAAGUAACAAUUCUGCUGUCUGAACUUUAUCUUUAACUUAAUAUAAAUUAUCUAUUUUUGAAAUAUAUUUUAUUUAUUAGCAUCACUGCCUGCCAACUUGCUUUCUUGUACUUAGUAUCUAACUACAAGAAAAUCAAAGUAAGUUGUUUUUUCAUCCAUUUAUUCAACCCUAUUAUUUCCAAAGUGUGUAAUUAACAUGUUUUUAUGUUCUACACAUUAUCAUUUAAAUAUUAAUUUUGUUGAGUAAAUUGGAAUAGAUUGUAAAAUUAUGUUGUUUAUUGAGAAACAAAUACAUGUAGAUUGUAAUAUACCUUUUAGUUGUAUGUUUAGAAUAGCGUAUGUAUUUCUGUACAGAAGAUACUUAUAUAGUGUAUAUUUGUUGUAUAUAGUUGUCUGUAUUAUAUUCAGCUUUUUCUGAGAAUCUGAUAUAACAAAGUUUUAACUUAAUUCUUUUUGGAGAAAAUUUUGAAAAUAUGUUUUUAGUUUGAGGGCAUUAAUGAGUUGUGUAACUUGCAUUUUAUUUUAUUUUCAUAGUAAUGCUGUCUUGUAUCUUACUAUUCUUAAUAUGCAAGUGAACUAGCUAAGUAGUAGGAGGGUCUUUCAGGAAAUGAGAAUGUCCAUCAGAAAAGUUUUACUCUGUGUGACCCAAGGACACAAAAGAUAAUAAACACCAUAAAUGUGUUGUAUUUUAUUCUGAAUUGAAAUCCUAGCUAUCCCACAGAUAAUUAUUUAUUUUAUUGUCUGUCACUUGCUAUACAUGUAUUUUAUUUUAUAAAAUUUUUUAGUCAAGCAUUCUG